AUGGCGUUUUGGACCGCAAGCUUCUUGCGUAAGAUGGGUACCGUUGGCUCCGACACGUUGUUCCUGAUGCCGGCUGCCUGCUUCCACAACCAGGCCAGAACCGCACCACUGCCACUCCACCUACUUCGAUGUCUUCCUCCUCGCGCCGUAGGCACCGUUGUCACCUGCCGUCCACGCCUGCAGCAACCGCUGCCCAGUUCUCUUCGUCCACAGUGCCCGCUGCCCAGCUCUCCUCGUUCGCAGCGCCCGCUCCCCAGCUCUCCUCAUCCGCAGCGCCCGCUGCUCAGCUCUCCUCGCUCGCAGCACCCGCUGCCUAGCUCUCCUCGACCACAGUGCCCGCUGCUCAGCUCUCCUUGUUCGCAGCGCCCGCUGCCUAGCUCUCCUCAUCCGCAGCGCCCGCUGCUCAGUUCUCCUCAUUCGCAGCGCCCGCUGCCUAGCUCUCCUUGUCCGCAGCACCCGCUGCUCAGCAAUCCACGUCCGCAGCAGCCCCAGCCAAGCCAUCCACGUCCACAGCAGCCACAACCACUGCCGAGUUUCCUGCGGGCUUCUCUUCUUGGCUGGGACGUCGUCGUCAUUGGAGCUCCGCUCCUCCUCGAGACUCGACCUCGUCAUCCGGUGACUUCAGGCGAGAGAGAGGGGCGUGGUCCGGCUCUCCGGAGCAGCCAGGUGCCACUGGGGUUGAGACAGGAAGACCUGCCCCAGUACCAGCCCAGACUGGUGCGGCACCACCCAAACCCGAGUAACUCAACCCCAGCCUGGUGCCCCAGCAACGGCCCGCAUCCCCAUCCAGAGAAGAGGCCAUGUAGAAAAGAGGGGUGUACCUGGUCCAGACUGGCCAGCCAACCAGAGUCACAACAGGAUGAAACAACGGGAACAGGAGGUAGAGGUAGCUCGUCCACAAAGCCCUCUGAGACAGGCAGAAGAGGAGGUUUGUCCUCAAAUCCAUUAAGGAGACAACUCAUCACCGAGCUCCUCUGGAACAGGAUCCGGCAGCAGUUCAUCCUCAAACCGCUCAGGAACAGGAUCAGACAGCGGUUCAUCCUUGAACCACUCAGAAACAGGGCAGUGGAGGCGGCUCGGCUUCGAGCUCCUCCGGGACAGGAACUGGACAUGAAGGCAGUCCGUCCCCGAACACCUCACGGGCAGGAACGAGAUAUGAGGUUCUGUUCAUCCUCGGACCCUUCCAAAACAGGACCAGGAACAGGAUCGGGAGCCGGCAGCAGCGAUGAUGGUGAUCAGAGGUGA